CCCGCUGCUGGGCUGCCAAUGCAAAUCUGCCAGCGCAGCUGAGCUGAGUCCAGGGGAAAGCGGGAGGGUUUCCGCUGGGUUCCCACAAGUGCCGAGCUGUGGCUGUGCCUGCCAUCACGUCUGCCCACUGCCUUUGUAGACGGCUUGGAUAAUGGUUAUUCAGUGCCACAGGAGCGGGGAGUCUCGCCUCCAUGGGGCCACCCUUCCAUCCGGACACCUGGCACGUUGGUUCCCUCCGGCCUCCUAACUGGCAUGCUCCAAGCUCUCCAAACCAAGCAGGGAACCUGGCUUCAGCUAGCAGAGCAGGGCUGGGGUGCUGGCAGAAUGCUGCUGUCUGCCUUCCUCAUGUGGGACAGCACCAGUCCCCUCUCAACAAAAUGGGAAUGGGGAAGAGGGAGGCUGGCAGCAGCCCACAGUAGCGUAACCUGCCUUGAAGGCACAUACCUGCUGGGGAGAUACCUUGCUGCUUCCCCCUGCUGCUUUUUGCAGCUUUGCAGGAGCCUGCGUGCAAUCCAGGCCAGAAGCAGGGGAGAUGCCUGCAAGCUUGGCUGCUCCUCAAGUGCUCCACAGUGCCUGGAACAAGGUAUAAUUGACACCUUCACCACACACUUUAAACACCACCUCAGCCAAAGCACCUGCCAGCCACAUACAAAUAUUAUCUGGGUGUCAUGGCAAAUGUUGGGCUGAGGGCCGAGAGCUGGCCCAGCUUCCCCCCAAGCUCCACAAAGGCUGCUUGCCUGCGGCUGGCUCUCCUGCAGAUGCUUGCAGUGACAUGGCAUCACUACUACUGUUUGCCUUGGAUAUGGGCCGAAUGCUUCUGGAAAAGCAGUGUGGAAGGCAGGUGGUGCCAAGCGGGUGCAGUGUGCCUGCCGACACCAUGGCUCACAUCUCAGGUACGGCCAGGUGGAAAUUGCCCCAAACCUCAGAAGCAAGUUGAUAGUUAGGCAGAGGCAUGACUCCAUGACAAAAGCCAUGCCUGAGAGUGUUUGACACAUCCACACUCAUACAUGGGAUCCUUGAAGCCAGAAAACACUUUGAAAAGUAUGUCCUCUCCUCCUGCUGCUGGGGGGGCAAGUAGGAUUGGUUCCCUUUAGCAGCAGACAGGAGACCUAAUAUCAUAUGUGCCAUUUGAGCCCUCUUGUGCCCUGGCCCCUUGCCACCAGGAUUUGGCCUGUCUGCAGCCCGUCAGGUUUGCUUUUCUUGCAAAGCUCAGGCUAGCCAGCCCGUGGACUGCCUGGGAGCUGGCCACUGCGUGUGGAGCGUGAUGAGCCACCGCGACACCGUGGGUGUGCUCCUGUUCCUCAGCUGAUCCACCAGCAGAGCUGCAACGAGGCAGAGGGACAUCUGAGGUAGCUAUUGCAGCCUGCAGUGCUGAACCUCAGCAUCGACAAGCUCAAAGUCUCGAUAUUUAGACCCUGGGCCCGAAGUUUUCCAUGAACGUCAGCUUCUAGUCUGGAAAAUAAGUUUGGAGACAGGGUCGGGUUUCCAGCUGGGAAGAAGGAAUGAUCUCACUAGCAAGCAGGUUAAUUCCAGAGCGGCGUUUCCCUAACGAAGAACUCAGAUGCUAAGCUCCCCAAAGCAGCGCUGGCAAUGCAUAGCAGGGCCAGGCUGUUUCCUGAUGUGCCAGCUCUGCUUCAUCAUUUCCUUCAUUCUCCUGCCUCCUGUCAGUGCAGAGACCUGGCUGCUUCUGCAUUUCCUGAUCCUUUCUAUGUUUGCCUUUCUGGGUCUGGACAUCUCCUCAGCUUUCCGGAUGCUGGUAAUUCCCAUCCAUUCAUCUCCCUCUACACUCACGUGGCUACUCAUUUGUUGCUCACUUGGGAUCCAGACCUGGAGGCUGGGCAGCCAUGGAGGCAGCCCCUCUCCCAGGUAGUUCUCUUCUUAAACUACCCUGCAGUUCCCUGUGAGCAACAUCAUCCUUUCCAGUCCUUCCAGUUCAUCCCUUAACUCAGCUCCUUCCACAUGCCCUUUCCCUGUCUGACCCAGUCACUCGUUCUCCAUCCACACUUUCUGCUUCUUGAUCUCCUUCCUCCUCUCCCCUGUGACCUGCUUGCUUCCUGCUGGGGACAGUGAGAAGGCAGGGGUUCCUUGCCCUGAAAAGUCUGUGCCUGUAAAAGGGCAUUCAACACUUUUUCUGUGUUUUCAGCAAGACCUGGCUUCCCUCAUGUGCCUUCAGGUGUAAUGCUCCUAAUGGAGUUAAAUCUGAGUGAUUUCCAGAGGCAGAAAGGCAGAACCAAACCUGCUGCGACCUUCACUUGGUGCAAGCACUGCAAUUAGCCCCACAUUUCUGCCAUGAAUGACGGUAAGCAGAAAACUGCCAGACAAACAGACCUUUGUAUAUCCAUCCAUUAGAAGCAUGGCACUGAAGAGGCCCCAUGUCUGGUUUGCUCUUUAGGCUUGGGUUGCACCCAGAGGCAUGGGCUUUGCAUACCUACUCACAGUAGCUUCUUGAGUCAGGCUGCUCAAGUUGUCCUACCUCACUGAGCAUGGCGAAGGCAGGCCAGGGUGAGCGAAGGGUGUGCAAGCUAUCUCCAAUCUAGCUUAGUCACAUUUUAUAGGUAUUUACUUACACAUCUGCUUCAAGAAACCUAUAUCACCUCUCACAAAGGAAAUUAUUAUUUUGCUACACUGGAUGUUUACACUACAAAUGUGCCACGUGUCUGUGGUUUGUUAUGCUGCAGGGGUGAGGGGCAGGGGCAGAGCCAAGGCCUGGGCCAGGGCCAGGCCAGCAAGGCGCGGUAUGGACAGGAAGAUGUCAGGAGCUGCUUUCAUGCAGCGGUCAUUGUGUGCCAGACCCGCUUAUAUAUUUAACACUCUUUAAUGCUUUUGCCCUCUGACAGCUAGAUGCUGCCCAGGGGCACUGUCUGGGCCAAAAGAUGGUGAACACAGGCGCUGGUAGCAGUGACACAUGGCUGGCAGCCAUCAGCACGAGGGUCGUGGCAGUGGGAACUGCUUCACAGCAGUGCGUGCUCCCCACCACAUGGAGACACUCGGCUGUGGUCACGCCAGGGCCGGCUUGGAGCAGCCGAGCUGCUACGUGCCUGCUGUCCAGUGCCUGACACUGCUGGGACUUUCCAACCCCAGCCGUGUCACCCACGUGUGUGUAACCGUUACCGAAGCUGCUGACUCAUGGGUUCAGCACACCUCCGGCUGUGAAACAGCUGGAAACCUCGUUCCUCUUUGGGAGAUGAGGAGGAGAAGGAGACAAAGGUCUAGUUAACUCCUAGCUGGCCCACGACAUAAUGCACAGAGGUACACGUGAACAAAACAUACCUUAAAAAGUGCUCCGCUGGGUCUGCUCUUUCCUUUCUUCUUUUCCUUUCUUUUCCUUGCCUUCCCUUCUCUUUCCCUUUCCUUCCCAUUGUCUUUGCACAUUCCCUUGCCUUCCCUCCGGGUUUGAUGUGAGUGUAGAAGGAAGUGUGCCUGAGCACGAAGUCUGCAUUUGAGGUGAAUGUGGGGAGGCGUCUGUGGGCAGGGCUGUAAGGACCUCUCUUUACCCUGUGGACACCUCAAGGGCACGGGCACUGGGCACAGGCUGCAUGUUGCUGGCACAGCCAGCAAGCAGCGUGCUCCUGAGCACGGCAUCAGAGGAGGAGGCGCGCGGCCUUGGGAUGGUCACAGUUCUUCUUUCCUGAGCCGAAACCAGCAGGCGGGUUGGGGUGCCAGAAAAGCUUUCCAGCCCGCUGGGAAGCUCACGAUCAACUCACACGGCCCUGGGGAUGUGCCGGGCGGCACGUGCCACCUAUGGCCAGCUGCAGCCUGCCACCACUGCGCUGCUGCCAGCUGCUGGGCUGCCGGCUGGGGCACGCGGAGGAGCAGGCCUGCCUGUGGCCCGGCACGCACAGCCCUCGCACGCCGCAGGCCGCACGUAGGUGCCCGCAGCCCCCAGCACCCUGGCAGCAGCUCCCGGCUGCCCUCCUUGUCUGCCUGCCAGCCCACGUUCCCCACGCGCUUCCUCCCGCUCUCCUUUUUCUGCAUUUUUUUUUUUCUUCUUCUUUUUUCCUCUCUCCCAGUCACUAUGCAGGGAGGGAGAAGGGGUGCGAGCAGCGAAUGGGCAGCAAGAGGAGACGGGAGAAGGGGAGUCAUCGGCCUGGAAAGCAGUGGGUGCUCACCCCACUGCCACAGCCGCUUCCAGAGAAGUCACUUCCUUCCCUCCCCGGGCUCUUUGUUUCUCCCCACAAAGGAGGAGAGGACAGUCUCCACAGCAGCUGCUGUGCCUCAGAUUGCCUCUCAGUCCUGCUUCCCAGAGCAGAGGAGUGCUGCUGAGUGCUACGCCAUCCUCUCCCUUCCUCUCCUGGGUCCCCCGGGCCGGGUGGUGGCCCUCAGGGCUGGUCUUUCUGGCUCAGGCAUUGGGGUAAGUGGCAAGCUCAGCAGGAGACUGUGCAAAGCCUGGUGUUGGCUGGUAGUGUGUCUUUCUUUUUUCCUUUCCCUUACUUUCCCUCCAAAAAAACUGUCUUCUUGAGGUCUCUGGAUGGGAACUGUGAACUCAUCCAGGCAGGCUCCAGGUACUCGUGGUCGCUGCUGUAGGUUUCCUGCUCAUCAUACAGUUCAUAGUUCCUCCCUGUUAGUAAGAGGAAGAGCCAAGGGCAUGACUUUUCCUUUGGACCCUUUCAUGAUGAAUGUGCACGUCUGACCAUGCCACGUGGCACAACCUUACCUCAGCACAGCUACAUCUGCUCACGUCCCCAUGCCCAUAGUCAGAUCUCUUGCUGGCAGUGUGGUCCCAUGUCAUAGAAUCAUAUCAUAGAAUCAUAGAAUAGUUUGGGUUGAAAGGGACCUUUAAGAUCAUGUACUUCCAACCCACUGCUACAGACAGGGACACCUCCCUCUAUACCAGGCUGCUCUCACAGCCCCAUCCAGCCUGGCCUUGAGAACACCUUCAGGGAGGGGGGCAUCCACUGCCUCUCUGGGCAACCUGUUCCAGUGUCUCACCGGCCUCACAGUAAAGAAUUGCUUUCUGAUAUCUAGUCUAAAUCUACCUUCUUCCAGUUUAAAGCCAUUUCCCCUCAUCCUCUUGCUACAUACCAGCAGCCUCAGCACACAAAGUGACUUGCCAUGAGCACAUCCUAACUCAGAAGUUGGAGUGGCCGUGUUUCCCCAGACAGAUUGCCCCAAGCUGGCACAGCAGUCACACACACACUGGCACUUGUGGGUACUGUUGGAUAUCAUGAUAUGUCCUCAGUGUGGAGUAGCAUUUCCCUUUCCUGCCUCAUGUUUCUCCUUUGGUUUUUGCUCCUUAAUUCGCUACCCCACUGAGCUCCUGCUUGCUGAUCUGCCACCCCUAAAGUUCUUACCCUAAGUUCCUACCCCCCUCUGCCUGCCUUGCCCAUGCAGAUUGUGACCUCCUCGGGGAACAGGCAGCGCUAUUGUCACAGAUGGCAGUGAGCUCCCCCUAAUUUUCUCCUGAGCAUAUGCAGAUGGGGCUUUGGUACACUCACGAUUCUUUCAUUCCAGAGAAAUCUGUCCCUCUGUAGGACUGAAGAGCAUGGUUAUGCAUGCUUUCCCAGCUUGGAGGAUAUCCAGCCAACCCUGCCAGAUUUGAAGGUGUUUUUCACCUUUUAAUCCAAUUUCUUCCUGUGAGAAUAGCCACGUCUUUCCUCUUUGUGUCCAAAACCUCAGUCAGGCCAGCACUGGCUUUCUUCUGUCAUCAUUCCUGGCCUCUACAUAUCUUUGACUUUCCAAAGUCAUAUUUGAAUGUAGCAAAUCUUCCUUCAGCUGAUUUGUGCUUUGUUAGCAAAAGGAAAUCCCUGAAUUUGCUGAUGGCAACUUCUCUAGGACCUGUCUCCUGGUAUUCCAAGGGCAGCACAGCCAGUGCCGAUUGCUUUGUGUGGGCCAUGCUCAGUAAUGAGGACAAUAAUUUAUUCUGCCUCUAGUGGAUAGUUUUAUUGAGGCCAAGCACCGUCCCUCUGAGCUUCUUUUAAGGACAGACUUUCUUCUGCACAGUUCAGGCUGAAGCAGCCUAUUAUUAACCUCAAGUCCUCGUUGCUUGCUUUGCAUUGCCAUUUUAGUCUGUGUUGUCACUGACUCUGGCACACAAUUGCUGCACCCCUACCAUCUCCUUGAAGUUACAUUGAGCCCCCUCGCCUUACCAGACCACCUUUCCUGACCUCGAACCUCAGGGAAACCUCUCAUAGCCUUUGUCCAUCCACAGAGAAGAGAACAUGUGUUGAGUUCAGUCAGCCUGUCCUAGUUACUUGUCCCAUAUUUCCAGUGUGGAAAUACGGCCUUGUUCUUCUCGAAGGGCAGUGGCAGCAAAGCAGCACGCCAGCAGCACGUGGGCCACCAGCUGCACAGGCAUCGUUUGAAUGCAAAGCUCCAGAGAACCAGGCCUAGGUCAGGACAAAUGUCACCAUCCAGAAGGACAAUAGCAGGACAAAGUGCGUAAUUUGCCCACACCCAAGCAGCUGUGUCACCGCUGAUAGCAGGAAUGGAUGAGAGGAGUUCUGCUAAUAAAGAUUAAUUACAAAGCUGCGCCUGAGCUCAGACCUCCCGCUUAAAAGGUUGCUGUGCGUGUGAGCAAGCAGGCAGCGAUGACCUUAGCGGGGCAAACCUCAGGGACUGCGGGAGGCCAGCGGGUGCCAGGCAGAAGCGGAGACCAGCCUAUGCCAGCCCAUCUCCGCAUAGAGGUGAAGCAGGCAUCCAAAAAUAGCCUGCCACCCCGAUGCCAAGUGCAGCAAGCCUUUGAUAAACAGAGUAAAAAUAACCUCUGCGGGAAAGACAUCGCAGCUCCCUCCAUUGGAGUCUGGUUUGUGUUGGAGCCCGUGUUUGCCUUCCCUGGCCCCUGCCAGCUCACAUGGUGCCCGCUGCCGGCACACGCUGGCCCUGGCUGGCAUGUGGGUGACCACGAGGGACCGCUAAGGAGCUGAGGAACAGUUGGAGAAGGGACAGCUCUGGUGUGUGUCAUGAAGACGUCCUCUUAGCCUGCUGCAGUGAUGCUGACUUGAAUCCUUGCUCUGCAAGCCUGAGUAUGAAGUGCCUCUGGGCAGCAGUGUCCUGCCAACAUAGAGUUGCACCACGGUACAGAAUUUUCUAAUAUAUGUUGCCCACAACACCCUUAUCCCAUUUUCCUCUCCCUGUUCUGCUUUUGGACAACCCCUCUCCCUCCUCAAAGAUCACCCCUUGUUGUACUUAUUCUCAUGCUUUGCUGCUCCUGAUGCCACUGUGCCCAUCUUGUGUUGCUCUCCCCAGGCAGAGCGUAGUGUGCUGCCCUGCUUUACUCUGGCUGCUGGAGAACUGCAGCAGAAUGAAGCUCAAAGAGGAAAGAGGUGCAGCUCUUGCCACCUGGCAGGGGACCAGGAUGGGAUGGGCAGAAGGUCCUUGGUAACUCGCCAUCUUUGCAGGAGAUGGGUGGAUUUCAACUUUGUCUUGACAUGGAAGAGAGUAGGAAUGCUGUCAACUUUAGACAUCAGUUGUUUCAUCUGCAGGAUCACUGUUGGUUUGGGCCAGGUUCCCUGAAGUCCUUUGCAAAGCAUGUGUCCCAACUUAGGUCACCUGCUCGGCAGGCCCAUUGCUUUGCCCUGUGCUGGAUGGCUCUUGUUUCCCAUCCACAUGAGCCUGCUCACUGCUGCUGCCAUCCGCAGCAUGGUGGGAACAGCAUGCUGCCUCCCGGCCUCCAAAGGAAAGGUGGACCUGGAGCAAUUCCCAUGGGUUUGCUACACAGCGUGCCACCUCCCAUCCUGUCUGAGCAGCUUGUGGCUGCUGACCCAGGGCAAAGCAACCCGUGGCCUCAGGAAGUGAAAUGCAGUGUGGAAACCUCGCAGCUCGCUAGAUCACAGUAUGUCCAAAGCAGGUCUAGCUUGCCGCCAGCUCUUGUGACAACUGUGCUUUUCAGUCUCUGUGAAGAAGAGGAACGAUCUAGAUAGUUUCUUCUCCCACCUGGUCCUGCUCUUGAGACUGCAAGUGCCGCAGAGCAGAGUUACAAGCAGACAGACACAGACCUUGGUCUGCUUUGUGAAAAUACUUCCACUGUUGCUAGAUUUGGUAAAACUCUUUCAUUUACAAAUUGCCCAUAAAGCACCUGAGAUCCUCUCAGAAUUCUUGCCAGCAUCUGCGAUGCUUUUGUGUAGAUCCAAACGGGAAAUGAUGAUCUUGGAAAAGCUCCUCGUGGUUCCAGAAUGGGUCCUGGGAACUUGGAGGGCAGUUACACUGCAGAACUCAGAUGUUCUCUUCUCACAAGUGCUACCCUUUGGAAGCCAAGGAGGGAUUCCUGGGGCCAGGAAGAGAGAGUGGAUGCCACCAAGUGGCAGCAGAAUCCCAAAUGUGGAGCUUAUGAGAAGUUCAGGCUCAUUGCUCAGGCUGAAAGAUGGUCUGGUCCUGCACAUGCAGAAUUUCAAGGAGGAAUUACCACCUGAGAACCCACAGGAAGGUGCUGUACCAGCACACCCUACCUUCUCCAAAGGCACCAUCCUCAAACUCAAUGGAGGUAAGAUUUAUUCCGCAGCUCAGCAGCCCCAGAAUUUACCACAGUAGCCGAUAUUUGUUAGAGAAUUGUAUUCCAGAACCAAAGAUCUAUUAUUCACACUGACAGCCUGAAGAACUGAAAACAAAGAAAGAACAAAGUCAAAUCAAGUAGCUUUGGACAUAAACGAUCCUGCCUCAAGGCAGAAGACAACUUCUAAGCAAGAGAGACAAUUUCUAAGGGAGGAACUCUUUUGGCAGGCACACUGUCCCACUGCUGAGGAGCUUCUUGCCUUUCUCACACAGCAACUAAGAGCAGCCUCCACAAAAUGCUGGGCUAGAUAGAGGCUUCAUUUGAGCCAGGCUGGCCGCUCUUAUCGUCUAUAUUUUCACUAUAAAAAAGAAAAAGAGAAAGAAAAAAGAAACAAAAAUACAUCUCUCUGGGAAUGAGGAAAGUCCUAAAUAUUUGAAGCUUCUACAGAAAGAUGCAACUGCAUUGUUUGUGGCCUGAAGUAUGCUGCAACAACAGGCUCUGAACUGUCAUUCCUAUCAAUAGGCCAUUAACUCUAAACUCAAUGGCAACUCAAACCUUAGUUUUCUUCACUGUUGGAUGUUGGCUGCAACUUUCAGCCAGAGAACAUGCUCACCCCCUAGGCUCUUUACUGCCCUGCUUGACACUUGCUCUCUCCUAGCCAUCAGGCUGCCAAUUUGUGCCUCCCCAACAGCCCUUCCAGGACAACACAUGCAACUGCAGCCUCCUGUAAAUACACCGCUGCCAGUGGGAAAUACAGCUGAGUAUCAAAAAUAACAGAAUGGGGGCUGGUUCUGUUACUUACUUCUUUCUUCCCACAAGUGCUGCACUUUAAUUUGAAGGUAGAUGCAACUAUGGACAAGUCUUGACUCGAACCCAAAUUGAGACUUCUGCCCUAGAGGUCCAGAUAGUCCCAAGGGCCCCAUUCACAAAGAACUGCAAUUAGACCUGCCUUAAGCAUCUUGUCUGUGAAAACUACUGAUAGAAGAAGGUUUUGCUGUCUUUGGUUGCUUGGCCCUGACCACUCUGUGUGGUUUCCCAGUUCUUCAAAUGGAGCUAAGCCGUCAGGUCAUGCAGGCGGCCUUCUGAGGCUGUGCCCAAUGGAGAACCCAGCAUCUGGCUGGUGUUUGGGAAGAGUGGGUCCAUGCCUCCUUGAGAAGAGCACAUAGGAGAAGUAGACUGGGAAAAAAUAGAGCUGAACUACUGCUGCUGCUUCAGUCUGUGCAUGUGCAGGGUAGAAUAAACUAUCACCUUGAAGGGCAGGAUGAGCUAUGGAAACCUGCAGCAUAGAGGAAAAAGAAGGACCUGGGAUCUGCAAUACCAUGGAGUGAGAAGAAAUGACUUGGACUUGCAAAGGGCACGGAGUUGAGUUCAUACCAACAGUAUUUAUGUGGUAGAAAUGCAGCUAUACUCACACUGGGAGCAGCAGGCCUUGAUACACAGCACUAAGCAGUCAAAACAAAGAAAAAAGCAUUUCACAAUGUUGGUCUGGCCAGAUUUUGUAGGGAGCCUGGAGCUGCCCAGAGCGCUGUGAUUGCCAUGCUGCCCACCAGCUGCAUGGCCGCAGAGCGCAUCACCACAGUCACAAGGGAUGGCCACCUCAACUGGCUUAAACCGUGGCUGGACUCCAGCCCUGCUCUGUGCCACCCCUCCCAAGGGAAGAUCUCUGACCACCAUGCACAUUCCUCCUGUUGUCUCUUUCAUAAACCUCUGCUGAGCUGGGAGUAGAGCAGGGAAAGCGGUCAGUGGUGGUCAGAGUCCAAAAAGCAGCCAUGUUGCGGCCAUGCAGUGAAGAGCUCAGGGUGAUUCAUGCAUCUGGAUCUUUGGCCUGUUUUCAUAGAAUCACACACUCAUGGAGUCAUUUGAGUUGAAAAAGACCCUGGAGGCCAGCUGGUCCAACUCCCCUGCAAUGAACAGGGACACCUACAGCGACAUCAGGGUUCUCAGAGCCCCGUCCAGCCUGACCUUGAGUGUCUCCAGGAACAGGGCAUCCACCACAUUUUGAUAUACACAACCAGCUGCUUGCUGGUGUUUGAUGGGAGGUGACUCUCACUUGGGGGAUGUGGCUGCCAGCCCAGAGAGGGGCACAGCUCCGGGUCCAAAUGAUGCCUUUCAGCCACAUCCAGCUCCCAUCGAUUCCUUCCCAGUGUCGGUGGAGAUAUGCAGCAAGGGCCUAGGUGGAGGGGCAGCAGAGAGUUCUUGCAGCCCCACCACACUCCAGCAAUCAAAGCCCAGCCUCUGUAAUUAAUACUAUUUAGCCCAGGUUAGUGGCAGAGGAAAAUGUCUCUUGUCAGCCUGGCUUUGCCCACUGGCCCUGAUUUAGCAACAUGAAAGCAUUUUUUCUGAUUAACUGCUCACUGAAGGAGAUAAAAGAGAUGACCAUGAAAUGUUUUCUUUAAUGUGAUGAAUGUAAAGGGACUGGUAGAGCUGGGAAGGGGGAGAGCAGAGGAGAGAGAGUGCUCCCAUAGCAGAUGGGGCUUUGGGGAAGGGGUGUGGGGCAGGAAUGGGUGAGCAUCCAGGAUAAAAGUGAAUAACUGAAACAUUUCUGGAAAGACUGCCUCAGAAAAUCUACAAUUGCUACAGAUAUACAUACAUAUAUAUAUAGAUGUAGUAUGAGAUUUGUGAAAGGAUUUGAUGAAGUCACAGCCUGAAUGCCAGAUUUCACUGCUCAUCUCUACUACUAAACUAAAAAAAAAUGUUGGUAGCUAGGAAACAAAGUGAAAUAGUAAAUCUCCAUUUCUAAUAUGGUGUGGCGAGGAUAUUCUGGGAAGAGUGCUGCUGCCUCUAUGUUGUAAAGGCAUACCAGCAGCUUCGAACUCUACAUCUGAAAGCUAAACAUAGUUUCCUAGCAGCCCUUAAAGGGCAUUUUGGCAGUACGUCAUCCAAAGUGGCCUUCAGUGGCUCCUGAUGUACUUUUAACUAUGCACACUCGAUAGCUUAGAUUUUAAAAUUUUCUUAAAUUGGAAUAGGAAGUUGGGCUGACCUCCUGAAGAUUAAUUCCUGCUUCCAAUGUAUUAUCAAACAGCAACCGGGGACUCAGAUGGGUUCUUGCCAAAAAGAAAAAAACCCAGCAAUUUAGAAAAGAGAGGGAGAGUCCAAUGAGCACCUUCACUUGAGUAAGCUGUUGCUCUUAUCUUUUCCCCAGAAAGCUUGAUGAGAAUGUGUUUUGCCAUAGUAUUUUUAUGUACUCCAUGGCAGAAGGGAACAGUGCAUAGCAUAAAAUCAUUUUCAUAUACAGAAUCCUAUUGAAAGGCAGUUGGGCAGACUGGGAGACGAAAGCUCCGACAGAUAGCUGCUAUGUCAUACAGACUGACAGGUCUUGUGCAAGCCGACUGUGCCAAAAUGGGGGCAGCUUUGCAGGUCAGCAAGCCAUCACCUCCUCUUCCCAGGUGCUCAGUGGCAUGAUCAGGUGUGCACAAAGGCAGCGGCCGUGCUCAGCACCAGGUUGACAGGGCCACAAGCAGAUCAGAUGUCCUUUCCCUGAGCCCCCCUGGAUACCUCUCUGCUCCUCUCCCAGAGGUCACAGGAGAGAUAGGAGAGGUCCCCGAGCAGGCAAUGGAAGCACUGAAAGGGAGGUGAGGCUUGAAUACAGAUAAGAGGAGUGAAAACUAAUUAUCUGGAAAAGCAAUGCGAUUGUGGGGUAUAAAAUAAUGACUGGAAAGUGCCUUUUAUUUACUGCAAGGCAAUAAUAGCAGAGGGCAGUUGAUAACGCUGCCAGGGCGACAUUUUAGGGCUCUUUAAUCUAGCAGAAAGAGGCGUAACAAGCAGCAGGGACCGCAAUUUAAAGCGAGGUGAAUGUAAAUAAGAAAUGAGACACAUUGCAUGGGGCGUGCUGGCACACAUUGAAGGGAGUGGGGGGAGCCUGGGGCUCCUUAUGCCUUUGUGUCCAGGCUGGCUGCUUCUCUGGGAGAUGGACACAAAGUGCUGAGCUCAGAAUGGUGGCACAUUCGUUUCGCCCAGGGCUGAAGCACGGGGAAGCUCCUGGUCCCUAAGGCUGCCCAAAGCGCUGCCUAGCUCUGGCGUGAGCAGCAGUGUAAAUACUGCACAACAGGCAGGAAAAACACCUGCAGGUGAUGGUUAGGCAGUAAUGUUUUCCCAGAAGGCGGAAAAUCUGUCAGCCUGGGCUUUAUCAUUGUAAACAGUUUUUCUUUUAAAAGCAAACAAACAAACUGGUAAGAAGUCUCCUAGUAACAGGUGCUGAGCGCCGUGCUGCAGCCCAUAAGUCACAGCUGACUGUUUAUCCGACCACUAUUUAUAGCUGGUUAAACCUCUCCAUCCCAGCUUGUGUUUCCCACUUGCUGUAUCUUCCUAAUUGAUGUAUUUACUGUCAGUGCUUUAAUAAAACAGAACAAAUAUUGGAAUGAAAAAUACAUUGUCUGGCCCCGGUGCUGCUGAUGCGCUCUCUGCAGGGCCAGUGGUGAAGGCUGCCCUCAGCUCCAGAUGGCUUUAAUGCAGACAUUGCCACCCCUUGUCCCUUGACUGAUGGGGACAUCUCCAUUCCUGGAGGUGCUCAAGGUCAGGUUGGACGGGGCCCUGGGCAGCUGAGCUGGUGGGUGGCAGCCCUGCCCAUGGCAGGGGGUUGGAACUAGAUGGUCUUUGAGGUCCCUUCCAACCCAACCCAACACAACCCAACCUAACACAAUCCAAGCCCUUCUAUGAUUCUAUGAUUCUGUGACAGGCAGAAUGGGAUCUAGGCUUGCACCAGUCUGAAGUGGAAAGUGUUCAGGAGGAAGGCAGCAGUGCUUUGGAGGAGCUAGGCUGGGACACGGGUGUUGCAAGUGAAUUGUGAAGAGACAACCCACAUCCCAGAGGGUAUCACCUCAUUCCCACUCCUCUGAAGAUGCCUUUCUGGCUCACCUUCCAGCAGCUGCAUGAGCUGAACACGCAGCCACCUUGCUGUGCCAGCUCUGCAUUUUCUUCAGCAGGCUUAGGUUUUCUUACGUAGGUGCAAGUUUAGGCAUCACAUGAUAGCCCCAAGCAGGCACCAGCCAUGCCUCUCCCUUAUGUUAAUUCACCUUCCUUGCCAAAGCAGCACAAGGUUCUGCAGCGCAGGGACAUAACCAAGCCCCUGCUUCAUACAGAGGUAAUUUUCUCUCUGCUAUGAACUGCACAGCCCUCUUUAGCCUUAAAAUCCAGAAGCUCAUCACACGCUCAGCCACUGCUUUUCCAAGAAGAGCACACACGGAAUCCUUCAAAAGUCCAGUUAUGACUACCUGCGUAUAAAAAUAAUGCAGCUGGUCUGAAAGAGAAGCUCAGGGUGUGCUUUGUUACUUUUAGGAGAUCUGCACUGGAAUCGCUUAUUAUGGUUUUUUAAAUUCUUGAUAGGUUUCAGACCGCUUCAUUUGCAGGGCUGCUAAUGUAACAAUAGGAUGUGACCGAAUAUUAGCAGCCUCAGGCACCGUCUGGUGAUUCACCAAAGCAUUUCACUUGCACCACAGCUGAUAUUUGUGUGUAUUUCAGUGUGCCAGAGUGGAACAUUCAAUAUUUGGAUCUUGAGUUCCUCCCAGACAGAAAGGCGCUUGGGAGGGGCUGCAGACUAUCUCUGGGCUCCUUCCUUUAAAAAAGAAAAAAAAAAAAAAGAGAUUUGAUUAAGUUAAUUAUAUAUUAAAUAAAGGAAAAAAAGAAGAGCAGAAAAACCAACUUACAAUCCAUCAGAAAAAAAAAAUAGAGGAAAAGCUUUCUGAGAGAAUGGCUGAAAGCAAUGGAUUCCUGCCAUCUUAGCUGUCUGAACUUCUCCUGCCAGCCAGGCUGUGAUUUACAUCUGUCCAUGAAACAAUGACUCUGAUGUGAAGCAGCCUUCUGCCAGGGAGAAGUUCACCCAGUGCAAAUAAGCCGAGCAAAAUCUACCCAUCCUUUUGCAGUGUUUCAGAUCGUUAGUUUAGUGGAAGGAAAAAUGGAAGAAAAGUGGGAUAUAUAUAUAUAUAUAUGUAUAUAUAUAUAUAUUCAUAUGGUAUUUUUGUUUUUUGGAAUUUGAUGUUUGCUUCAUGCCCCAGGGUGCCCCAGUUUCUGGCAUCGCCUUGGCAGAGGCAGCAGGACGUGGCCUGAGCCCUGCAGGAAGUGCAGGCAGCUCUUUCCAUAAGGCACUGCCCUGCAUUCCAGGCACUCUCACCUAAGCGUUUUUUAAUGCCAAAUACCUUUUCUGACAAGACUUACGGAGGGUCUUAAAGAGCCUUAUCAAAAAUCAGAUUGGAAGAUGGUCUUGCGGCCUUCCCGUCUGGUACAGAGGGGAGUGUAAUGAUGGAGGAGCAGUGUAACGAUGAUAGAAGGUUUAAUAGUUUAUAGGAUUACACAAACAUUUCGUUUUUUCCUAGGAGUGGGACUCAAAAAACAGUUUUUUGAGUUAAACGGAUCACCUCAUUCUACACUGUCUGCUGCUGUUUUUCAGCUCCAGUAAUACACAGCUGCAGCACUUUUGAUGUCUCUGUGAACUUGAAUGAAAGCAGAGAGCAUCUCCAUAAAUAUUUUCCUAACAGAACCUGCUGAAGUGGACUAGCUUAUGUACAGGAGGAGUCCUACAGGAAGGAUCCACACUUGGAUAUUCAGUCCAGCAUUAUGUUACCUAAUGCUGCUGACCUGUUCUGUGAUCCUAAAAAAACCUCUUUCUUUCCUCUCUGAUCCCAUCGCCCUUUUGUCUCCGUACUCAGCUGAUUCAGCCCCAUCUCCUUUGUUUGCAGGAGCAUUUGCACGGCUUGGUCAGAGCCUGAGCAGAGCGGUGCUGUGUGAAUAGUGUCUGUCACCUGCACAGAUGACCCUGGUGUGUGGUAGCAUGGUAUGCUUUAGUGUGUUGUGCAAGUUGGCAGCACAGAGGCUGAGAUAAGGCCUCACCUUUGGAUGCUGCUGCAGCUCUGGUCAUUGGAGCAGCACCUCAUCAGCACAGAUGGGUUCCCUGCUGGUGCCCAAGAUGGACAAAAUGUAAAACAGCUUAAAGGAAGAUUUGUUCAAUUCCAGUUUCAAAGUAGACAUGGGGGUGUUUCUGUUGGAAGAGGAACACCGGCAUGAUCUCCUGUAAAGCUUCAGUCACUUCUCCGAGCCUGGUAAGUCUGUUGGGAGCAGCAGAGCCAUCACUGGGUUGCAAUAUUGAAACUCCCUUCCCAUGUCUCUAUGCUUGGAACCUCAGAAUCAUAUUAUCAUUAGGACUGGAAAGACCAGUAAGCUCAUGUGGUCCAACCAUCAGCUCACGUCUUUGGCCGCUCUAUACCAUGUCCCUCAGUGCCUCAUCCACACAUUUCUUGAACACAUCCAUGGACAGUGACUCCACCACCUCCCUGGGCAGCCAGUGCCUCACUGCUCUUUCUGAGAAGAAAUUCUUCCUAAUAUCCAACCUGAAUCCAUUCUGGUGCAACUUGAAGCCAUUACCUCUUGCCCUAUUGCUGCUUAAUCCCUACAAUACCCCUACAGUCCUCCUCAAACCCUCUCUCUUUCUCUAUGCUGUCUUCCAGGCAGCUGAGCCUGUGCACAGUGCCUGGUCACCAGCUUAGCCACGUCCUCUUUGGUGCCCAUCGGCUCCUUCUGCCCUACUCCAUGAGCCUGGAGCUUGUGGACAAGAGCACUUUGCAUGUGAUGGGGCUGCUCUGAAGAGCAGUGCGUUGGGCAGACACAAUGUGUCCCAGAGGCCAGCAGGUCUCCAGGAGAGAGCGGAGGGAAUUCAUACAAAUGUCAUCUGAGUGGUGAAGGAAAGAAUAAGAGCAGAUGAUAAAGAAAGGCAGAUUUCUAAGGUUGGAUCAGCUGGAGCUGUAAAGACUCCCCAGCUGCACAACAGUCCCAUUCUGGAGUAUUUCAGCCUUCUGUGUAUCUAAACUACCUAGCUUUGGGCUGUUCUCUCUCAUGGAGCUCCUUGUAGUUGCUGGAUGGAAAACUUGGUUGUUUGCAGUUUUUUGUUGUAAGUUUAAUGGGGAUAAAAACCAUACAAAGAUAAUGAAGAUAAAAAUCCAGUGACAUCUGUUUGCACUUUAAAAAACUGCGUAAAAACUGAAAACAUGCAAAUAAACCUAGCAUUUGAUGAGUGAUGAGCAGUUUCCCCUCAGCCUCUAUGACAGUCUGGAGCUGCUAAUGACUAGACAGGAUGUAACUACAGCUAAGAGAAAGCCACAAGAAAAUAACUCUUGAUGAAUAAAGUCAAGUGCCGGCAUUCAGCCUCACUGGAGUCCUCAGACAGGUGGAAGCUGGCAACCCUGAGCAGCCCCUAUGUCUGUUGACUCUCCCAAGCCAUAGAACCAUAGAAUUGUUAAGGCUGGGAAAGACCACUAAGACCAUCUAGUCCAACCAUCAACCCAUCAAUCCAUGCAUAGUCCCUAAUGAUCCUGAUGCAGGAUCCACUCUGUCAGCGCCAGACCCUCUUGCUAUGCCCUGAAAAUGCAGGUGGUUCUUCAGACUAUCACCAUGAUGGCCAAAUUACCCAAGGGUGGAAGCAGGAUAUCAAAUGUGGGAUGCUGAGUUUCUCUUCAGGUGUGCCAAGCAGGGAAGCUUGGAAGGUUACGGAGGAUGUCCUAGCCGACUCCACAGCUGGGCUUGCAGCACCAGAGAAGAAAAUGAAAGGGAUAAGUGCUGGCAGCCCUGGAAAUACCCAUGUGGGAUGCAUCCCACCAGCAACAGAACCCCUGAGGAAGGUGUCAGGGCUGAGAGGGGCAAGUAUGGAGCCAACACAUCUGCCUUCAUCCUUUGUCGUGGGUGUUCUCUCCAGCUAAGCAGCUCAGUCCACAAGCAACCAAGACAGGCCCCGGAGCAGGAUAGCUCAUACCCUGCUGACGCAUAUGGUCAUUAUUUAGUGAUCCUGAGCCUUGCUGACUGCACGAAAAAUUACAGAAGUUGGCCUGAUGGUACAGAACUAACUUAAGGCAGACAGCACACCCCCUUCCCUGAAAGGGGAAACUCACUGAACUCCCUGGGAUGACUCUCAGAAGCCAGCAAUAAGAACGGGAAUAAAAAUUGCAUAACUUAGCACUGUUUGCAAUGGCCCAGUGCCUUCUAGCUAUCCAGGCCCCUUCUGAGUAUUGCUAAGUUCAGGAAUAGUGCUAAGAUAUCUGUUAUUCCACUGGAAUUCCCCACCCUUUAAAUUUUCUGCCACUUCUGUUGUUAUGAAGGAAGGGCAGGUGGCCCUAGCUGUUCCCUGUGAGACCAUUAGCACACUGGUAUUGAGGUUUCCUCUUACUCUUCUCCCUCCUAAUGUAACGUAUCCCAGCAUUUUCAGGGUAUUCAGAUAAGAACUAGCCCAGGGCCAUUCUCACCAUGUUAUCUUUCUGGGACCUACGGUGGUGGCUGCACACUGGGUAAUGUAAAGAUGUUGGGACCUCAACAGCAUUCUUUCCCAAGCCCUUUUACACUAUGCCCACAUCCUCCCCAGGCAUUUCUACAGAUAUCUUAGAACGCUGUGAAGUCCAUAAGUGCUUCAGGCUGCAUUAACAUGUGUUCAUCAUCCUGGGCUGUGUCCUGCAACUGGAAUCCCUCAUCACUGAGCAUCUCAGGUUGUCUCCUCAAGAGUCCUCAAGUUCCUUCUUGUCCAGCAGGUGGGCAAGAGUGUGUCAAGCUCCAGAUCUGAGAAAUCUGGGAGUGUUGGAGGGAUCUCAAGAAGAUAAAAAUACCAACUUGCCACCAAAUGCAACAAUACAGCUCUUCAGCAUUGCCUGGAUGAUGAGUGAACAGAAAUCCCUGCAGCCCUAAAUGCUCCCACCUGAUCAGUCCCCCAGAAGCUGCCUUUGCCUUCAGAACCUGAUGAAAGGGGACUUGAAGAGCUGGAUAUCUGUAUUUUUAGGGCAGCUUUUCAUGAGCCUACCGGCUCUUACCUCCUAGGCCAGCCUGUGGCAGAGAGAUCUCCUUCUGAGCUGUGGCCCUAAGGUAGCAGCUCCUCUGCUCUGCACCAGCACUGAGCCUCUGGGUUUUUUCCUGGUAGGAUGGGAGAGCCUAAAGCAGUUGUGUUAGAUCCUGCUGCCCAUCUGAUUGUAGAUAAAAGAAAAAAAAAACAGAAGAUAAAUGAGAAAAUGAGGAGAGCCAUCAUACUGCUUGGGUAGAGCUGGUAAAACCUCACUCCAGGAUAUUUGUUAAGGUCAGUGGAAUUUAAGCACUUUCUUGGAAAUUUGUGUAAGCGGUUCUGUGAGCAAAAGCUCCGGAGCAGGCUUGGGCAAGGCCUGGCAGGGCAAACGUGACUGCAGGCAGAAGCACUCUCUCUUUCCCUGGGAUGCAAACUCGCUAACCUCUGUGGGAUGGUGGGGACAACAUGAGGAAUGAGCACAUGGAUUGCAUAACACGCUAUGUCAGAAACUAGGCUUGAUGCUGAGCCAAUGUAAAUUUAAACCAAGUGCUACAUUAGGUCAGAUCAAAAGUCCACCUUGUUCAUUCUCCUGACUUUGACAACAACUACAAGCGUUGAGUUCAGGGGUACAGCAUAAAAGUCGGACCUUUGCAGAAUGAUCUUUCCCCACUAUGGGCCCCUAGCCUCAGAUGUGUCCGAAGACGGAGUUUUGGCUGGACCAUUGUGUUUAGCAGUGAGAGCCUUCUCCAGAAGCUCUCCUAGAGCCUUGUUGGAGCCAUGUGGGUAUGUUCUUCCCACACUGAGCUCCGCAGGGUGGUCAUGGGGCGGCCACGCGCAACGUGAAAGGAAUAGCGCUACCAAAUGGAUAGAGGGGCCUCAUGAAGGUGUGCCGCACAAAAUCCGGCCCCUGCCUUCCACUCACGCUUCUCAGCACUCACGCAGCGGAAGACUAAACACUGUUCUGUGCUUCUGGAGGAGUCCUGCAGACGGAGCAUACAGAAGGAGCUGAAGAAGCCCAAGUUUGAAAGAAGUUGCCGGUCAUUACCGCGCGAGGGAUGCCUCCACGGGAAUUCCACAAAGUGAUGUUAAUUGUGAUGCUUUGAAAAUGUUGUGUAAACAAGUGUUUCUGAGAUACAUAUGUUGCAAGUUAUUAUGCGGCCAUAAAAGAGCAAGGAAAGAAGAAACCGAAACACAAAAUGUUCUGUGACGCCAGAACGCACUUCUGGAGAGUAUCAGUUUGCAAACCGCAGUGUAAGUUUAUGCCCACAAUUCAAUUGACCUCCUGAAAGCAAAGGUAAACAGGAAUAGAAGGGCAGGCGUCUGCGGUUCCCUCUCUCCUCUGGAGAAAUAUAUUCUCUAUCAAGCUCUGUCCUGUUUCAUCGUGUUCUGUCAGCCUCUGAGCAGCUAAAACAGAACUAGUAGAGACCUACGCACUUAGGUGGGCUGGGAAUGGGGCCUGGGAGACACAGUUUGCCAUUAGGAGAGCGCUGAGCUCCCAAAUCUCAAGAGGGAACCCUACAGCCACCCUGAAAAACACACGAACGAAAACAAAAGGGUGGCUUAAGAAAGCAGCCUGCUCUGAGGGGCUGCGCUUUUGUGGUGGGAAUCAAACCUUUAGUGGGAGGGAAGGCAAGUCGUGGGUGGAACCUGCCCCCCAGGAGGAGAUAGAAUAAGUAAUCGUCAGGAAGGUAAGGCCAGGGGUUGGCUCAGCUCCACUGCUGGUUCCAGCUCAGCCUCUCCCAGCACAGCCCCUCUGCACGAUCCCCACAGUGGUAGGGUUACGGCGUGAUGAACAGGCAGCCAUGCACUGGGAGCCUGUUCUCCAACCUGGAGAGAGGGGUGAGUGGGGAAGGGAUGUGCUCUGGCCCCACAGCUCUGUGUGUCACAUCCCCAGCUGGCGUGAGGGAUGGCAGGAUGGGGUGCACUGGCAAAGCGUGGCUGCUCAUUGCCAGGGUUGUGUCUAUCUCCAGAGCCAGGAGCACGUGUGGUGGAAGCAAACUGGUUGUGGAGGUUUCUGGCUGGCUUUGCUCUGUGCGUACACAUGCUCGCAUUCCUAUUUACAUACACCUCCACCCACACAGAAUCUGAACUGGAAUCAAAAUAAUUUGAAAUCAUAGAGUGCGAUUUUCCUAUGGCAAAGCCAACCUGAGCUUCACCCUGUGGGUGCUCCUUAUGCAAACUUCCCAUUCUUUCCCCCGCUCUUUCCCACUGCUCUGUGUAGAUGAACCCCUCUUGCAUCACGUUGUCUCCCCGGUUCUGAUCUGGCUCAGUGGGACAGCUCAUCUUCUGACAUCACAACUUCUGAAUGGUUCUGCACUCCCGCGUGAAGCACUUGCUCUGUGGAGGCUGGUGAGAUUAAAUGCCCAGCAAGCACCCAGGAAGGGCUGCCAGCUGCAGCUUCGCUCCAUUAGUACGACGUGUGCCAGGGACUGGGAGCUGAGCAGCCCCAGAAGGCAGCUUCCUGAUGCAAUUAAGAUAGAGGUGAAUUUAGAGACAUCUUGCCAGUCUCAUGGGACACAUGCUGCUAAUUAAAAGUCAAUCAGAGCAUUUAGGACCAAGGACGAAGAUGCAUGCUCUGGUGGUAGAAGACAUUUCUGCAUGUUCUCAUUACUCCGGUGUCUGGAUCUACAGAACGUGGCCUGUGCAAGAGAGGUUUCCUUGGACUCUUGGCUUACACUGUAUGCUUUAUCCAGCCUAAACGUUUGGGAAAAUCAGAGAGGCAGGCCGUCCUGCAGGUCAGGCACUGGGGUGAGGCUCAGGGGUUUUCAGUUUUGCAUUUGAAUCAUCUGGAUUUGAAGCACAGUGCUGGAAAAGUCACUUUCUUUAUGCCUCCGUUCACAUCAUACAGGCAGGGCGUGCAGAGGGCUUCCUCUGGUGGGACCCUGCCCAAACAAUAGAGCUUUGAGCCAGGGACGGUUUCCUAUUCCAAGUGUGCAGCAUGGCUGGUCUCUCAUCUCCCUCACCCUUAAGACAGCUGUGAUACAAAUGGUCAAUCAUCAGAAGACUGUUUUUUUUCCCGACUGUGAAUUCAAUUUCAACCAGGCAUUGUGUUCUCUGCAAAUUAUGAGCAUUUCUGUUGGAAGGUUUGCGACCCUGGCAAGCAAGUGAAUAGGGUUUGUGCACUGACAGUAAUUAAAUGAUGCAUUCACUUUGGGGUUGAGGAGGAAAUGUGCUCUAGGGUGGUCCAUCGAAUCCAGAAGCAGCACCACACGACUGAAGAGGCAGCUCAAACAAAGGAUUUCACAGCGAGACUUUUACAGCUAAGGCAUUCGGGGUCUUUGGAUUGGGAUUCAGUUCCCAGACACAGAUCUGCAGCAAAAGCUGAGGCUCUCAGGUUCAUCCGUAUGAGGGGAUGCACAGCUACCUGGCAGGCUGGGGGAGCUUCCAGCAGAAGGAGCCACACGUAUGUGAUGAUAACACGUGUCCUGGUGUGAUAUUGGGAGGCUAAAAUCCCUUCUCCAAGUCAUUUGAAAUGGCAACCUUAGGAAAGCAGAAAAUCAAAAGAUAAUCUGUUUGUAAAGGGGACAGGAAUUAAUUAAGUGUACAUUGUGUAGAGUGAAUAUUUUAUGUGUAUUUAAUUACGUUUCCCUCUCCUAUUUCGCCCCUUUGGAUUUUAAAGCGGUUCAGAAACAAACUAAAGUUGUGUUUCACAUCAGCUCCUUCAGGUCUGGGAUCAAGUAACCUUUUUCCCCCUUCAGCUGUCAAAGGAAGCUGGUGGCUGGGGACUGCCAGCAGAGCGGAUAAGCAUCCGCUGAACACUGCCAGUUCCUAGGACUGAUCCAACGCCAGGCAGUGCCCCUGAUGGCUCCCAGCUUCUCCCCCCACCAUUGUUCCCCUCCCAGCCCUCUCUGAUGGCCACCCAGCUGUUCUCCUGCUCCAGCCCUCAGAUUUACAGUCUGUCACAGCUUGCAGCUGCCAGCGGGGCUUGAUUGAGGCUGGCGUGCUGUGGUUGGAAGGGCUGGCCCUUCCCCCUUGUUUCUGGGGCUGCCACCUUGCCCUCCAAAAAAUCCAAGUGCUCAGAAGAGCAGACAAAACCAUACAGUGAAGUCUUCAAGUGGAUGGAUCCCAAAGCAGGGAAUCUGCCUGAGCGUGCCAACAGCUGGAUGCAAAGGCACCAUGAAACACAAUGUUGCUUAGCUGUUUGGGAGGACUCAACCUUUGUAGCCUUGGGGAGAUGCUGGAAGGUCAGCACAGCUCCCAACAUAUUGGAAGAGGAGCGCUGCAAAGAUAUGCUUCACCACCUUUUGGCUGUUAGGAGGGGGACACUAUCCUAUAUCAGCUCACUCCUCAGCCCUGGGAGCACUCACCAGAGUACUACCCUCUAAAUGCUGACCCUUUCAGCUCUUCUCCCCAGCUCACUCCCCAGAGAUGUUCUGACAUAUCUGCCUUGGUUUCAAAUCCCAUCUCCCCAUCCCUUGUUAAAGCUCUCCCACUGCUCUGCCCCCACCCUGCUGUGUCUACAUGUUGCUGGCGUUCCGUCUGUGCUCCAUCCCUAAACUCCUUUUUUCGAGGUUGGGAGCAGACUCUCAGACUUGGUGCCAAGCUCAGCACAGGCCCUGCAGUUCCCUCUUUCCCCGCUGCCAGGACGUGCCAAGCUCCAGUCACUGCCUAGGGAGAGGGUGAUCCUCUGCAGUCAUUCCCCUCCUUCCCCUCAAAUGCUGGGAGCUGCUUGAGCUUUUUCUAUGCUUUUAUCCCUCACACCAAGAAAAUUAACCACUAAUGAAAAACAUUUGGCUUGCAAGUUCUUGCUGCUCUUUCAUAUCAAGGUUGCCUACAACCACUCCACUAGCCCAGAGGAGCUAGUGGAAGAAGUAGUAGAAGCUGUAUGGCUUCUGCUCCUCAGCUCUCAAAGCUUUAGUCUUUGCAGCCAGCCCAGGCUGCUCUUUCCCCCAUUCUCCAUCCACUGGGGCUGCUGGCUGGGACUCUCCUGAACAUCUCACACGCCAGCAGAGCUUUGCUAGCACCUACAUUCACCGGGUUUUCAUUGCACUCCCCAGAGCAGCAAGGUACAUCUGCCAUUUCUGAGCUCCUUCCCCAUGCAGAGAUGCCUGAAAUUCCUCACAUUAAGAAGCCAGACUGCUUUGAUCUCCUGGAUGCAGCCAAGGAGGGAAGAACUUCUGUCUCCUGAUGGAGCAUCUUCCUCUCUGUCAACCUCCUGCAGCCCAACAUUUGGCCCCACUGACAACCAUUUCCCUUAAUGAGCAGUGACUGCCUUACCUCCCCUGAGCCUUGUGAGGAUUAAGGAGUUAAUUGCUUCGGAAAUGUACAACAAGAGACUAAUAAUAAUACUAGGAGUGGCACAAACAUUUCACAACGAGCAGCCUGUCAGACGCAGCCUUCUCCUUCUCCUUGCUCAGCGCUCGCUGAGAGGUGGCACUCUCCUUGUGUUGGUUUGUUGGUUUAAUAGACACAAAAAUCUUGUCUUUGUGUGUGUGUGUGCGUGUGUUCUGCUGUGUCCUGUGACUUGACAGCAAAUAUUUGAAAUUCUGUACGUGUUAGUGGGAGGGGCUCCUCAAAAACAGUGGGCGUUGUGAUCCCCGGGUGGCAAAUGGCCACAACACUCUUUCUGCUUUGUGCAGGGGACUCAAACGCGAUGCCUGCAAGGAUCUUUGGUGGUAAAAUGCAGUUUGUCGUGGAAGUGAAAUAGUAGCACACUCUCACAGACCAUCUGAAGGGUCUGAAGCUGGGUGCUGUUAGCACUGAACAGCCCUUUUCCCACUGUGGUUACGGCUGCAGUUCUCCAAGGGAUGAGGCAGCACCGCAGCCAUCCCAGGACCUGUAGUUUUCCCUUCUGCUUUAACCACAUUCGUGCACGGAGCUGUGUGUGUUACUGGUUAAGCCCUGGCACGUCGCAGCAGCGCCUGCAUCCCGAGAGCACCUUGUGAAGCUCUGCUGUUCAGUCCACACCCUAUCGACGUCCAGCUCUCGUGGCACCUUCUCAGCCUUCCCCGCUGCGAAGCCAUAUGCUGCUGCGGCAACGUUGGGAUGUCAUCACUGUAUCCACAGCAACGCACCGUGAUGUCAUAGGGAGAGGAUUAGGAUGGCUCUGCGGCCAGCCCAGGCAGAAGGACUGCUGUCUCCAAUUAGAGCAGCGGGGUGCAGCCAGAGCCCCCCUUUCCCUGGCCGAGCCCCUUCAGCCCUCGCCGCUGGGCAAAGCCCCGGCCCCCGGCGUGAAGAGGAGAAGCAGUAUCACAUCUUGGCCUUGAAAUCGUUUCAUGCUACUCACAGAUGCACCUGCCACUGGGAUCAGAGCAAGCCAAAUGAUUAUUUCAUAAGCCAAUACAAAUUGCUCUCAGGAAACAGGUAUGAUCUGACUUAGCCUGGAGAAUUAAUUUCCACUGAGCAAACUCCUGGUAAACGGUCCAGUCUCUUUCUCUGGAUUGUGCAAAUGAGGAGAAGGAAAGAUAGAGGGGGAAGGAAAGCAGCUUUGGGGAAGUCAGUGAUGUGGAAUUGUAAGGAAUGACAGGGAGAAGGAUCACAAGGGGGAACAAAGUGUCUUGUCGUGGCUGGCAGCUCAGUGGAGCAAGAUAGGAUAGGGCAAGCUUGACAAGGAAAGAACACUGUAAUAUGUGCCUCUUUAUAAUAGUGACUUUCCUUCAGCCAAAGCAGUGCUACAAGAAUCGGAGGAGAAGAAGGCAGCCCAAAAGGGAUUGUGACCCUCCCAAGCAGCCCAGGUGAUCUUUAUUAUGUAGUUAAGGGCUGCCAUUACCUCUGCAGUGAGAGCCCCCUGACUACUUGUCUGAGAUGUGUGAUGUAGGUUUAAUCAGUGUGCAUCACAAAGGUAGUCCAUAAGUUUAAGGCAAUAUGGUUUGCUCCAAGGAAUCUAUAGCUGGUAAGUGAAAGAGCAGAACUUGCCUGGGUCAGUUACAGAUCCUGUAUGCCCUUCCUAAGAAUGAGUAGCUACAGCUGAAUGCAGCAAACCUCACUGCCCUGGGAGAACGGCAACUACCCAGAGUUUGCCAUUGGAUAGACAGACAAGCAAUAGCAUGGGGACGGGGGAGAAAAUGUAUCCUAUUUUUCGAGAGGCUUUUCUUGUGGGAUUGUGGUCUGUUUUUAGGGAGCAAGAAAAAAGACAUUGGGAAAAUAACAUGGUGUCCAACAGAGCUUUAAUUCAUGCCUCUGAAAACAAGAGGAGGGGCCCAUCAGGCCUUGGCCUUCUUUUCUAGCGGAGAGAGACAAACUUGCAGAGAAUGAUGCGGGUUACCUAAGGUCUGUCUUGCUUUUUGUAAAGGUCUGUGUGUCCUGUGACUACACAAGGGGGUAGAAGCUGCUUACCAGAACCCUGCAUCUAAGAGUAAAAGAGACCAGAGAGUAAUGAGAGGAUUGGGACUGUAAAAUUAGUGUGGAGUGGGUGCUGCUUUCAUAUGGACACUUAGAGGGGAGAACUCCAGGAAAAAAAUGGACUGGAAAGAAGCAGUACAGAAAAAAGACCAAGAGAGUAAACAGAAGACUAGGGCAGAGUGCUGGUAAACAUUUGGGUUCCUCAGCUGGCCCAGAACAAUGGUUGGAAGAUGGGUGGACCAGAGAAGGAUUUAAAGCCAAGCUCUGACUUGCAAACAAAAUUCAUGUUUGGAUUUGACCUCGCUGAUUGUCAUGGGUGUUGCUGAGUUUACAGUUUUCCUCACUGGGGAAGGAACACGCAGGGACAGGAGCAGCAGGGUCAGGUGUGGCUGCUCACUACUACAGGCUUGGUGUUUUCCUCUCUGUGGACUUUUCCCUGGGAAAGUCCAUUGUUGCUACAGAAUCAUUUACCAUCAUUUUCCUUCUAACUUUCGUUCAGAGGAUGGAAAAUUUGCAGCAAGUCAGAGGGACUUUGAUAUGGGAGUUUGUUAAAUACAAUUAAUACUUGGAA